AUGAUGUUCCCAGCUUGCUUUGCCCGGCCGAAAGACUACAGAAUGUUCAGCAACUUCUACGAGCACCACAAACCGUACGAGUUCAAGCUCCCUCCCUUUGCGCAAAGAGAAGGAUUCCCCCACUCCAUCGAGUGCUGGUUCUCCGAGGCCGCCAUCAUGGCCAUAAAAGCUGCUCUGUUCAACGACAAGGAGACCUUUGAUAAGAUCGUGCGGGCCCAGCGACCUGGCCAAGCCAAGGCCCUUGGUCGAGAGGUCCGCAACUUUGAUGACUGCCUGUGGCAGAAGCACUUGGAGGAGACUGCCUACGAGGUCGUCGUUCAGAAGUUCAGAUCCAGUCCGCUGUUAGCGACGAAGCUGCUGAAGACUGGCAACGCCAUCAUUGUGGAGGCGGCACCGGAUGAUCGGAUUUGGGGCGUAGGCCUGUCCACGAGCGACCCUCGUGUCUACGACCGCACGCAGUGGCAGGGUCGGAACGUCCUCGGCUUCGCGCUGAUGAAGGCGCGCGAAGCGCUGCGCUCCUCGCCCGCUGCACCUGCGGAUGCUGAGGAGGCUGCUGCCCCUGAAGCCGACAGUUCGAAGAAGAGGUCGAGGUGGGGCUCCAAGAAGGAGGAGCCAAAGGCGGCGCCGAAGGCGGCGACGAAGGCGGCGCCCAAGGCAGCGCCGAAGGCGGCCGCAGCAGAGCCUGCAGCCGCGGCAGAGCCAGAAGCUGUACCAGGGAAAGAAACCUUCGACUGCUUCGCCGUCCUGGACUUCGAGGCGACGUGCGAGAAUAAUGCGAAGAUCGACCCUCAGGAGAUCAUCGAAUUUCCUUUGGUCCUCGUGGAUGCCGCGACGCUGGAGCGUGUGGACGAGUUCCGUACGUACGUGCGUCCUGAGUGGCAUCCCGAGCUGACGCAGUUCUGCAAGGACUUCACAGGCAUCCAGCAAACCGAUGUCAGUGCGGCUCCCUCUUGGCGUGAGGCCUUGCCGAAGGUCCAGGCGUGGUGGAAGGAGAGCCUCGAGACGAGGUCCUACACCAGGUGUCUGCUGGUCACCUGUGGCGACUGGGACCUGCGGCAGAUGCUGCCAAGCCAGUGCAAGCUGCACAACGAGGCAGUGCCUGCAGAGUUCAUGCGCUGGCUGAACGUCAAGAACCUCUUCGAAAAGGUCACCGGCAAGGAGAAGACAGGCAUGGAUGGCAUGCUGAAGGCCUUAGGCCUUCCUCUGGAAGGUCGCCACCACUGUGGGCUGGAUGACUGCAGAAACAUCGCGAGCAUCCUCAAGGAGCUCCUGCAAGUUUCACUUAUCUCCGAAGCCAUGACAGACCCAGCGCGUGGAAGCAAGGAACAGUUCCAAGCAGCCUUCCAACAGCAAAGGGAGUUCUACGCUGGCAGAACGGAGAUCUGUACAGUACAGGGGGCGUUCUUUGAGGAGCACAGUCGCAAGAGGCGUGAGCCCCCCACGCCGGUCGCCUCAGGGCUGACCACACCGCAGGAGGGCACCCCAGUUCCGACAGACGGCCCGGUGAGUGGAUUGGUGGUACCAACCCUUCUGGAAGAUGAAACGGCCUUCCAAGUCACAGCCGGUGAGUUGGGCGCAGAUGUGAACAACCCGCAAUCGGUGCAGCAGGUUUUGGCCGCUCCUGUCCACACCGCCAAGGACGUGUUGCGCAUCGUUCGUGGGUACCACAAGGCAGUGGUGCGUCCUGAAAUGUACGGCCUCGUGCUGCAGCUGGAAAGUGCGUUGCUCAAGGUGAACGACGCAGUCUUUAGCUGUCGCCGUGAACUGGCCUUCAUGACGGCAGACAAUCGCUCGGAGCAGAAGAGGUCGUGCGGCUUGCUACUGGUCACAACUGGCUGGCCCAACGGUCUCAAGCCGGAGCAACGUGAGUUCAUGAUCGGCUGGAUGAUUGAGCAGCUCCCAGAGGCACAGAAUUUCCUGCGCAACCGUGGGUUCCUUCGCGAGGAUGCCGACCACACCGCCCAGCACGCGCAGAUGUGGUUCAAUAUCCUCAACACGGACCCUACCACGGUACCCCAGGGUACCUUCUGGAGUGGAAUGACGAUGCUGCACUUCAAAUCCUGGGACCUUCGGCAGGCAUUUUUAAAGCGGUAUGGAGGGCAGGGUGGAACCCCUCUCUACACCGCCCCCACGGUGCCAAUCACCGGCAAGCACGUCCGCGUCUCACCUUGUUCACCUCAGUGGCAGCGAAAACUAGAGAUGCCACUGAGGGUCGUCAUUUCGGUGCUGAAUGCACACCCUGAAACACAGGGAAAGAGGCUCAUCAUCCUUUGGAAAAGCCUCACAAUUAUGGAGCCAGUCGAGGGUCCGGACUUUAAACCCGACCACACCGCCUGGUGUCGGCUUUUUUACGAGGAAGCCGAAGGCUCCUUUCAGGCCCGGUUGGAGACGGCCACACCGCUGACCCGUAUCAUGCACUCUCCUCCUACCACGGUGGGGUGUAAGGAGGAGACGCUUUUUGCAGAACACUGGAAUACGGUGAUCUGGGGCACGCAAUUCGAGUUGGAUGAAAUGGAGCGUAUCGCUUACCGGCAGGCCAAGAAUGAUGGCCACACCGCCGGAAAAGGGACCUUUGUGGGAAAAUCCCGCAAGCAUUGGUCCAAUGUAGUGCUCCACAACUCCUAUUUCUCGCCGUACCCUUUUGAGCUCCAGCACAACGCAGUGGAGCAAGUUGCGUUCGUCUGGGACGAACUUUGUCAAAAGAUGGGCGUCCCAGAACAACAGGUGGGCGACAUUGCAGCCGCCACCUACCAAGGGAAGCCCGUCGCACCCGACGCCGCUAGCCACACCGCCGCGGCAGAGGACGUAGAGAUGGAACGUUCCGAGAACCCUUUUGCAAAGGCCCCACCGCCCACAAGCAAGGGCGCAGGCAAGCAAGGCCACACCGCCUGA